UGUGGUCACAUCACGCUUAAAAAGUUAACCUCCAAAUCAACUAUGUAUUUUAUAUGUUUAUAAUAUGCCUAUUAGUCCAAAAUGCACUUACGUUUCUCGUAGUAAAAAUAUUCAAGGAAGAGAAAUUAUCCUUCACAUUACACAGCAUGAUAAAAUUACUGAAAUAACCGUCAAAUAUGCUUCGACGAAUUUCAUACACAGACAAUUAGUAACUUUAAGUGCAUCUGCCCUAUUUAUUCACAUUUUAAUGGUUUUCCAAUUUAUCAAUCUUACAGUUUUUAUAAAUAUAUUAUGUCUUUUAAUAUUUUACGGUUACAUCUUACUAACAUCGGUUCAUUUUGAGAAAGUUAUAAUAGUGGAGAACUUAGGGUAUCAAUUUGAAGAACAUUAUAAUUAUGGAAGAAGUGUACGGUUUGUUUCUUGGGAUAACGUAAAAUCAGUUUUCAUAAAUGAAGUAUUAUCAAAGCAAAGAGUUCUUUAUAUAUUAGCCGUUCUAGUCAGUGAUGAUACCAAAACUGUAAAUAAUAUUAUUCCAUUAUUUAAGAAAAUCAUGCCGAGGCUACAAUGUUUAGAAUUCAUAUAUCGUCAUAUAGAACAUCUCCAUAACUGAAUUUGUAAACAGUUGUAAAUAAACAGCAUCGCAUUAUUA